AUGGCGGUCAACAGGAUAAAAGGCGCCUUUGCGGUGCCGCGGAAGGGAGAGACGUUCGAGCUACGGGCAGGCUUGGUGUCACAGUAUGCCUACGAACGAAAGGAAGCGAUACAGAAGACCAUCAUGUCGAUGACCCUGGGAAAGGAUGUGUCGGCUCUCUUCCCAGACGUCCUCAAGAAUAUCGCUACCGCCGAUCUGGACCAGAAGAAGCUGGUCUAUCUAUACCUGAUGAAUUAUGCCAAAUCACAUCCCGACCUUUGUAUCCUCGCCGUGAAUACCUUCGUACAAGACUCGGAAGACCCGAAUCCUCUGGUGCGAGCAUUAGCGAUUCGGACAAUGGGUUGUAUCCGUGUGGACAAGAUAGUGGACUACAUGGAGGAGCCUCUACGGAAAACGCUACGAGACGAAUCACCGUAUGUCCGAAAGACAGCUGUGCUCUGCGUCGCGAAGCUGUUCGACCUCAACCCUACAAUGUGCUUGGAGGAUGGCUUCUUGGAAACACUGCAGGAACUGGUUGGAGAUCCCAAUCCGAUGGUGGUAGCAAAUGCGGUCCAAGCACUUUCAGAGAUCAACGAAGCUGCGCCGGAAACCAAAGCACUGGUAAUCACGCCAACCACGCUCAAGAAGAUGCUCCUGGCUCUGAAUGAGUGCACCGAGUGGGGCAGAGUAACCAUCUUGACCACACUGGCGGAUUAUAAGGCGACAGAUGUCAAGGAAGCAGAACACAUAUGCGAAAGGGUGUCUCCACAGUUCCAGCAUGUCAACCCCAGUGUUGUGUUGGCUGCUGUCAAGGUUGUGUUCCUGCACAUGAAGUACGUUGGCUCCGAGCUCGCGAAAUCUUACUCGCGGAAGAUGGCUCCACCCCUAGUCACCUUGAUAUCUUCUGCGCCCGAAGUACAAUACGUCGCUCUCCGCAACAUUGAUCUACUGUUGCAAAAGCAGCCGGACAUCCUGAGCAAAGAGAUCCGCGUGUUCUUCUGCAAAUACAACGAUCCACCGUACCUCAAGUUACAGAAGCUGGAAGUCAUGGUUCGAGUAGCUAACGACAAGAACGUCGACCAGCUUCUUGCGGAGCUCAAGGAGUACGCCACGGAGGUUGACAUGGAUUUUGCGCGACGAGCGGUCAAAGCCAUUGGCCAAGUGGCUAUCAAGAUCGAGAGCGCCAGCGAGAAAUGCGUCAACACUCUUCUUGAUCUGAUCGCGACUAAGGUGAACUACGUCGUUCAAGAGGCCAUCGUGGUCAUCAAAGACAUCUUCCGACGAUACCCGGGCUAUGAGGGUAUAAUACCAACACUGUGUCAAUGCAUAGACGAGCUCGACGAGCCGAAUGCAAGAGGCGCCCUCAUCUGGAUAGUUGGUGAAUAUGCGGAGAAAAUCAGCAAUGCCGGCGAGAUCUUGACGGGUUUCGUGGAUGGGUUUGCGGAGGAAUUCACGCAGACGCAAUUACAGAUUCUUACGGCAGUUGUGAAGCUCUUCCUGAAGAAGCCGGACCAGUCGCAAGGGCUAGUACAGAAGGUGUUGCAGGCGGCGACUGCAGACAAUGACAACCCCGAUAUCCGAGACCGAGCGUAUGUUUACUGGCGGCUGCUGUCCAGCGACCCGCAGAUCGCCAAGAAUGUUGUUCUCUCCGACAAGCCUCCCAUCACAUCCACCAUACCGUCCCUACCACCCGCGUUACUGGAUCAACUCAUUACUGAGUUAUCCACUCUCGCCUCCGUGUACCACAAACCACCUGAGAGCUUCCUCGGGCAGGGCCGGUUUGGCGCCGAGGCUAUGCAGAAAGCCGCGAUUGAUGAGCAACAAGAGAACGCUCGCGAGAACCCCAUCGCUGCGAGGGCGGCAGCAGCAGCCGUCUCCGGCGGUACAGCGGCUCCAGAAAGCAACAUCGAGAACCUGCUCGACAUCGACUUUGACGGUGCGGCGCCUGCAUCGAUGCAGAAGCAGCCGCCAUCAGGCACUUCAGGCUUAGAGGGUCUUGCAGGCACACCACAGCGGGUAGCAUCGCCCGCCGCGAACGCACCGACGGCGGCCAGCAACAUGGACAGUUUGAUAGGCGUGUUCGGGGACGGCGCCGCCGGCGUUGCGCCAAAUUUGUUCAGCCAUGACCUGAUGAACGGAUUUGCUUCGCUCAGCAUGAGUAACAACCAUCAGCCGCCGCCACCAACUGAGCAGGUUACCAGCCAAGGAAAUGCGAAGAAGACGAAUGAGGACCUCUUGGUGAGCAAAUUUCUCUUCGGCGAUACCUCUAAGGAAUCUAUCAUCGAAGUCCCCCAAGGCCAGCUCUACCUCGUCCGACCACUCUCAGUCAAGGGCUACUCGGAGCUCAUCUUUAAGGACGCCGCUGCCUCGAUCCGGCGCACCGGGCAAGACUUCCAAUACCAGCUGGUCAUACAACGGGCAUACGAGGAGGGAGAGGAAGAGCUCUUGGCAGAAGAAGAAGGCGAGGACAGCGUCGCGGACGGCCUGAGCGGAGAGAAAGACGAGAAGAUCUUCCUGCUCGACGAAUUCCUACAAUUUCGGACAGACACAAGGCAGACAGGCGAGAAGGUCUUUGCGUGGAAGGACCUCAGCGGCGACGAGGGCGACCUGUGGGAGUUUGUUUGCGACCGCUCGGUACCUCCUGCGACAGCGGCAUCGUUCGAGCUGGUAGCGCUGCAGUGCCAGUACGAGAGGAAGUACCGCAAGAGCUUCAACCAGGCAACAGAGCAAGACCUUCAAGAGUUUUCUUUCACAGAAGAGCCUAUUCCGGACGCUAGCCCCAUUUCCAGUCCUCGAUCGAAAUCCCCAACCGCAUUAUCAUCGCCCGCCGCCUCACAACUACUCACCGACGUAAGCCCCGAGUUUAGCCCAGCCGCAAUGGUCAGAAGGACAGAAGAGAAGGGCAAGGCCCCUGAGACACCGUCGAAGGCUCUACAAACACCGAACAAGAAGACUAUCGCACCACCCUCGGCCGUCCACCCUGAGGGCCGUGAAGUUCUCGCUGACGAAGUCGCGGAACUUCACUUGUUCGACUUCGAGUCUGGCGCGUUCGUCCUAGAGGAUUCUGCGGUCCAUGCAACAGUCUCAGAUAUUGGCAACUGGGAUUACUGGUUACAGAUCACGGGCAAGAAGCGGGACUGGCUUGGGCAGCGGGUCGUGCCUGAGCUCAACCCGGUUUUCAAUUUCGAAUAUCUGUCCUUCAUCUUCAAUCACUAUACAGAAGAUGGCUCCGCUUACUCGUGGCUACUACGGUUCAAAGAUCAAGCGACUGAGGAGCGCUUUCAGGAAGGGCUGAUGCAGGCACUUUGGGAGCACCUCAACGAAACAAAGUGGAUGAAAGCGAAAGAGGCGGAUCGCGAAUACGUGCUCGACGCUUUCCAGGACCUCACGCUCGAAGAUGCACCGGACGAGGAGGAAGAAGAAGAUCGGUCGGACACUGAAACCGAUGAGGAGACGGACGAAGAUGGCCGGCGCAGCGAGCAUUACGACAGCGACGAGUCCGAGGACGACGUCGAGACCCGCGAGAAAGAUGGCCAUGUCAACUCUCAGCUAGCGGUAGGCUUCAAGAACGACCGAUCAUUUGUCGUUCGAGGUUCAAAGAUCGGUGUCUUCAAGCACACAGACGACAAUCAACUCGAGUUCACUACAAACAUCUCCAAGGUCCAGACGCCGAAAGGAAAGCUGUUCAGUCCGAAGAAGGUUAUGCUUCACGCAGAGGAUCGGAACAUGAUCUUACAGAACGCCGACAACCCGAACUCACUCUACCGGAUGGAUCUUGAGUAUGGGAAGGUGGUGGAUGAGUGGAAAGUGGAUGACAACAUUCCGGUCAACGUGAUUGCACCCGAGAGCAAAUUCGCGCAGAUGACAGGAGAGCAAACGUUCCUUGGCCUGUCUCACAACGCUUUAUUCCGCAUAGAUCCCCGCCUAGCGGGCAACAAGCUCGUCGACACCGAGCUCAAGCAGUACGCUUCCAAGAACGACUUCUCCGCAGCCGCCACAACAGAGAAAGGCUACAUCGCCGUCUCCUCGAACAAAGGCGACAUCCGCAUGUUCGACCGCCUAGGCAUCAACGCCAAAACGCACAUUCCCGCGCUCGGCGACCCCAUAAUAGGCCUCGACGUCUCCGCCGACGGCCGCUGGAUACUCGCCACGACGCGGACAUACCUCCUCCUCGUCGACGCCCUGCAGAAGGACGGCAAGAACGAGGGCAAGCUCGGCUUCGAAAAGUCCUUCGCCAAGGACUCGAAGCCGCAGCCGAGACGGCUGGCGCUGUCGCCCAGCCACGUUGCACAGCUGCAGCACGAGACCAAGGCGCCUCUGUCAUUCACCACAGCACGCUUCAACACCGGGAUUGACAGCACGGAGACGACGAUUGUCACCGCCACGGGCCCCUUCAUCGUCACCUGGAGCAUGAAGAAGAUCCUGGCGGGCAGGAAGGACCCCUACCUCAUCAAGCGCUACGCCGAGGAGGUCAAGGCGGAUAACUUCAGGUACGGCUCGGAUAAGAACCUGAUUGUCGCCCUGCCGAAUGAGGUCGACAUGGUGGCGAGGAAGGCGUUGCAGAGGCCGACGAGGGAGAGCAUCGCGACGCCGUCGAGGGUUGGUGGCGCGCGAAGGAGUGGUGCCAGGGGGAGCUAUCUCUCGCGGAAUGAUAUCGUCAACAGCCCGUAUUGA